AUGUACGAUGUAGAAGAGGGGAGGGGCAACGAAUUACGAUGCAAUAGAACGCUUUUCUUUGAUUCGAGUCAAGGCCAAGGUCAAGGUCAGAAAGAGGCCACAAGAGGUGCAUCACUCCGCCACAUGAUCGAAAAGAUAAAGUUCAUCCAUCGGUCGAAGAUUUCGGGUUUAAAGAAGAAACCUCAGGAAGGACAAGCUGCAGGACUAAAAGAAGAAGAACAAGAAGAAGCAGAAGAUUAUAAUGGAUGA